AGCGCCCGGCGCGGUUCGAGCUCCGGCUCCCCGGCAUUUAAAGGGGACGCGGCGGCGGCCCCGGGGAUGGGGGGCAGGUGGAAGGGACGGAACAGAAGCAGAUCAUCCACGGUCCCUCGCGACAGGAGGGACGCGUGAGCCGGAGCUCAGAAAUCCGGGGGUGGAUAAGACCGCGUCCCCCCAAUUCCCGAGUUCUGGAUGACAGCUUGAGAUCAACCAAGGUUCUAGACGUGGAGCCCAGGGUAAUUUACGGACAAUGAGUGGGUGUUUUCCAGCUGUUGGCCUGCGAUGCCUGUCUAGGGUAUGCCGUGGCCUGGCGAGGGGGGCUCCCACCUCCCUAAGCCCCAUUGCUUCUCCUGCUGCCUGCUUGCUUCGGACUCUGGCAGAAACCCCACCCGCUGACACGUUCUUCCCAGGGAAUUGGCAAGUGAUUAGUGAUGAGCCCUAAACUCCUUGGAGGAGCUAUGUCUCAUCCCUAGCCCCCUGCCCAGUGCCAUCUAGCUGGAAGCUCCCAAAGAGCCUCCCUGGGUCUUGUGUGGUCUGCAUACUCACCUGGUAAUUUCAAGGGUUAAAAUCUAGUUCUCUGGCCAGGACCUAGGAAGGUCCAGAACCUGGCCUCCCAAGCACUUAUAGCUGACAUCCAGGGCCCGGGGAAGACCUGACACUCAUUGCCCACCUGCCUUCGUGAUGCCAAUGGCUUUUCCUGGAGCCUAGCUGCUCCAUUAGACCUCGAUGCCACAAAGGGAAGAGAGGCUGCUCUCUUUCUCUGCUUCUACUCUGCUGAGUUAGAGCAGUAGAUUGCCUGCACCCACCACACAGGCCACCAGAAAUCUCCAACCUAGUUAAGGAAUGACUCCUCCCUCCUCAUAGGCUGACUUGCUAAGCCCCAGGGACCCCAUAAGAGCAGCAGAAAUGGAAACCAAGCAAGUCUUUGACUUCAUGACUAGUAUGCCUCCCCCCCCCCUUGCGUCAGGCCCCGCACGAUUAAGUGAGAGACAGGCAAGGGACGGCGGGGUAUGAGCCACACAUUGGUUCCGUCUCCAACUUAACCAGCCUUGGGUCCUCCUCAGGUCUUGGAUGUGCCAGCGACCCUGGCUGUGGCCCGCUAACCAGGCUCUUCCUGGCCGGCUCCCGCCGCGCCGCCUCUCGUUUGCCCCCUCCUCCUGCUCCUCUUCUCCCUGCUCCCAGGACGGUAGGAUGGCUGCGCCCGGCGCGCCUCGCUUCCUCCUGACCUUCGACUUCGAUGAGACCAUCGUGGACGAAAACAGCGACGACUCGAUCGUGCGCGCUGCGCCAGGUCAGCAGCUACCUGAGAGCCUGCGUGCCACCUACCGCGAAGGCUACUACAAUGAGUACAUGCAACGUGUCUUCAAGUACCUGGGUGAGCAGGGUGUGCGGCCCCGGGACCUGCGUGCUGUCUACGAGACCAUCCCCCUGUCGCCGGGCAUGGGUGAUUUGCUGCAGUUCGUAGCCAAACAGGGCUCCUGCUUCGAGGUUAUUCUCAUUUCGGAUGCCAACACCUUCGGCGUGGAGAGUGCCCUGCGUGCCGCUGGCCACCACAGCUUAUUCCGCCGCAUCCUCAGCAACCCGUCCGGGCCGGACGCGCGGGGACUGCUGACGCUGCGGCCCUUCCACACGCACAGUUGCUCCCGCUGCCCCGCCAACAUGUGCAAGCAUAAGGUGCUCAGUGAAUACCUGCGUGAGCGGGCCCGCGAAGGCGUGCACUUCGAGCGCCUCUUCUACGUGGGUGACGGUGCAAAUGACUUCUGCCCCAUGGGGCUGCUGGCGGGCGGGGACGUGGCCUUCCCGCGCCGCGGCUACCCCAUGCACCGCCUCAUCCAAGAGGCACAGAAGGCCGAGCCCAGCUCCUUCCGAGCUCACGUGGUGCCCUGGGAAACAGCGGCCGACGUGCGCCAACAUCUACAACAGGUGCUGAAGAUGUGUUGAAGACCAUCGCCUGCAAGAGGUCCCCAGGGAGAACCGGCAGAGCGGGGACAGGACUGGGAAUUGGUUAAGACCACCUGGUUUUACUUCUUCCCCCUCUUCACUACGCUCCUCUGGGCAGUUUUGGAAUUUUGUUCUCUUGUGGGCUGGGAGCGGAGGUUAAGAGCCGUCCCUAUCUAUGCAGUUAUCAUAGCUCAGCUGCCUCCCCUCCAGGGAGUGGUGUGCACCCCUUGGAAGGCAGGCAGUGUCCCUCGAACUGAGAGGAAGGGGCUCCUGGCAGUUGGGAGAAAGAGCAUCUCCCACUACUUUAGCUGCUGCUUCGGCUGCUGCCUAACCCCCCCUACUCGGUCUUCUCUAAGAAGGACUCAGGAUCCCCCAAUUUGCAUGCCAGCACCGGGUUCCUCACGCAGACCCGUGAUGCUCUAGGAAGACAGUUCCUAGGCAUCCUUCAUCUCGCUUCAGCCACCGCAGUCCUACACUACCGCUGCGCUGGCUGCGCCUGGCUUCCUUCUCCCCCCCCUCCCCAUGCCGGUUACCCCCAAAGGAAGAAAAAGCCAGAGGAAGCAGCCGCCUCCUGCUGGUGGAACGAGGUAGAACCAACCAAUGACCUCGGAGAGUGUGACAGAUCCUCUCACUCCGUCCUCAACUACGGCAGCAAGAGACUAGGGACUUCACCAAAGUUGUCCUCCGCAACCCCCUCCGCCCUUAUGGAACAGAAAGCCAUGUUUUUAAGCAGAGUCAGGGAAACCCAAGCCCCUCCCCUUCUGGUGUUUCAGACCUAUAAAGGUGGUGAAGGGGGUC